GCAUAUGAGAAGCGCUUUCCUACAUGUCCAGAGAUCCCAGUCUUCCUGGGCAGUGAAAUCCUGCAUGAAUCCAGGAGUGAUGAUGGAGCUAUACAUAUCAUUGAACGGAGCUGCAAACUGAAUGUGGAUGCUCCUAGGCUGCUAAAGAAGAUUGCAGGUGUAGAGUAUGUUUUCUUCAUCCAGAAAAACACGGUGAACUGGAAAGAGCGAACUCUCCGCAUCGAGGCCCACAAUGAGACUUUUGCCAACCGUGUUGUCGUCCUUGAGACAUGUAGUUACUCAGUUCACCCUGAGAACGAAGAGUGGACUUGCUUUGAACAGUCUGCAUCUCUUGACAUCAAGUCGUUUUUUGGCUUUGAAAGCACAGUGGAAAAAAUUGCCAUGAAGCAGUACACUUCAAAUAUCAAGCGGGGCAAGGAAGUGAUUGAACACUAUCUGAAGGAGUUGAUCUCCCAAGGGAUCACAUUCAUCCCCCGCUGGACACCUCCCCCAGUGUGUGGACAAAAGGAUGAGCAAACCCCAACUGUUGGACAGGAUACUGAUGACGUACCGCUUGAGUCUGGGGCUCGUGGAACUACCAAAGAGCAAACUGGCAGCUCCUGCCCUCCAGCAGAAGCUGUCAGCCCUGAUGCUGACAAAUUGGAUGCUGAUUACAUUGAGCGAUAUCUGGGCCAGCUGACUCCAAUGCAAGAGAGUUGUUUGAUCCGCCUUCGCCAGUGGCUUCAAGAAACGCACAAAGGCAAGAUCCCCAAAGAUGAACAUAUCCUUCGAUUUCUGCGGGCUCGUGACUUCAACAUUGACAAAGCUCGAGAAAUGCUCUGUCAGUCACUGUCUUGGCGAAAGCAGUACCAGGUGGAUUACAUCCUACAGUCAUGGAGGCCCCCAGCCCUGUUAGAUGAAUACUACACUGGAGGAUGGCAUUAUCAAGACAAAGAUGGACGACCACUCUACAUCCUUCGUCUUGGCCAGAUGGACACAAAAGGCUUGGUGAAAGCUCUGGGAGAGGAAUCACUGCUGCGACAUGUUCUGUCAAUUAACGAGGAAGGACAAAAGAGAUGUGAGGAAAAUACCAACAUCUUUGGCCGCCCAAUCACAUCCUGGACGUGUCUGGUGGACUUGGAAGGACUAAAUAUGCGGCACCUCUGGCGGCCUGGAGUUAAGGCCCUACUUCGGAUAAUUGAGGUUGUAGAGGACAACUACCCUGAAACUCUGGGGAGACUCUUGAUAGUGCGAGCACCCAGGGUUUUUCCUGUGCUCUGGACUCUGGUCAGUCCCUUUAUCAAUGAGAACACAAGGCAGAAGUUCCUCAUUUACAGUGGGAAUAACUACCAGGGUCCAGGAGGGCUGGUAGACUAUGUGGACAAAGAUGUGAUCCCAGACUUCCUGGGAGGAGACUGCAUGUGUACUGUCCCAGAAGGUGGGCUUGUUCCCAAGUCACUUUAUCAAACAGAAGAAGAGCCAGAGAACUCAGAUCACAUCCGAUUAUGGACUGAAACUAUCUAUCAUUCUGCAAGUGUCCUCAAAGGAGCUCCACAUGAGAUAGUUGUGGAGAUUCUGGAAGGGGAAUCCGUCAUCACCUGGGACUUUGACAUCCUGAAGGGAGAUGUAGUGUUCAGCCUCUUUCACUCCAAACGAGCUCCUGAAACAAGUCAUAAAGAAGCCACGCUACCAAGUACCUCUGCUGCUGGGGACAAUACGCAGCUAAUUGACAAGACGUGGGUCCUUGGGGUGGAUUACAGCCGUGUGGAAUCUCCACUGGUUUGCCGGGAAGGAGAGAGCAUCCAGGGAUCUCAUGUGACUCGCUGGCCUGGCUUUUACAUUCUUCAGUGGAAAAUGCAUGGCCCUCUGCCCUGUUCUGGCACUAGUCUCUCUCGGGUGGAUGAUGUUCUUGCCUCUCUGCAAAGUUCUGGUCACAAGUGCAAGCUUAUAUACUACUAUGAGGUGCUUGCAUCCAAGGACUUCAGAGGAUCCAUGUCGAGCCUGGAAUCUUGCAACAGCGGCUUUUCCCAGCUGAGUGGAGCCACGACAUCUUCCAGCCAGUCCCAGAGCAGCUCCCAUCUUUCUAGAUAGCAGAGCCAAGGCUACAGCAGCAAGGAAAAAUCACUUAGGGCUUCAUGGCCCCCCCCCGCCCCCGAGCUGCUCUGUGCACCAAACCAAAGAGCCUACAGGGGC